AUGAAGCGAUUAGUGAAAGUGGGGAAUGGGUUCAUUAACAAAUAUUUCCCAGGCACAUUUACGGGAGCUUUCAAAGCAGGGCGAGAUAUUGUGAAAAAUUCCGGUAUCAUAGGACUGUAUCAGGGUCAUUCCGUCACAUUACUCAGGAUUUUCCCUUAUGCGGCUAUCAAAUUUGUGGCCUACGAACAAUACCGAGCGGUCCUUAUGCCGACCAAGGCGCGUGAAAGUUCUGCAAGACAAUUCGUGGCAGGUUCAUUAGCGGGUGUGACUUCGGUUCUUUUCACUUACCCUUUGGAUUUGGUGCGUGUGCGUAUGGCGUAUGAAGUCAAAUCAUCAAAGAAGAACCGCAUUGGCCUUUUGGCGAUCAUCAAACAGAUCUAUAAUGAACCGGCGGCUGUACAACAAAAAGUGUUUGGGGGGAAGAUUCAGAAUUUCUAUCGUGGAUUUUUACCUACCGUAGCAGGCAUGAUACCGUAUGCUGGCGUUUCGUUUUGGACGUACCAUAUUGUGACGCGGUUCGCUCGAUACCACCCAUAUGCCACGCCAUAUACACGUGCAUCGACCUAUUACGAUUUUGAUCCUCUGCGAGACGAUCUGACGCCACAUCAGCAACGGUUGGUCAAUAAACCGCCACUGAAAGCGUGGGCCGAAUUGGUGUGUGGUGGAUUGGCAGGAUUAGUAGCACAGACAAGCAGUUAUCCGUUGGAGGUUAUUCGAAGACGAAUGCAGGUGGGCGGUGUGCUGGAUCCCAACAAAUUUGUCGGUUUCUGGGAAACCGCAAAAGAAAUUUACCGACUCAAAGGAUUCAAGGGGUACUAUGUUGGCCUAAGUAUCGGUUAUAUCAAAGUCACCCCCAUGGUCGCCGUCAGUUUUGCCGUCUACGAACGAAUGAAGCGCGUUUUGGAGAUUGAUUAA